GCAACUGUCCGGAGUCAGUCAUCAGCCAUUUAGCUAACGGAAGUUUUCUCUUCUCCGUUUCUCCUUCUGCAUUCCUCCCUUCCCGCAGACAGAGACAGACAGAUUCUCCGAAUUGAUAAAUCUAGGGUUUCUGAAGUAUGGAAAUCCCCAAUUUCCUCUGAUUUCCGAUGCUCUGAUUUCGAGAAAUCAGGGAUUUCUGAAGGGCGGAGAGCAGCGAUUCCUCUGUUUUUUUUUUUUCUUCUGCUUUUCUUUGGUCUUUUCAUUUUCAGUUGUUUCUCUGAGGAGGAGAGAUGUGGGGAGAUGGAGGUAGGUUUUAUUGGGGGAGAAAGGAAGGAGGAGGAGGAGGGAAGGUGGAAGGGAUCGUUGUGGUCUUCGCAUGGAUGUCGAGUCAGGAGAAGCAUCUGCAGCCGUACAUCGAGCUCUAUGGUUCGAUCGGGUGGAAUUCCCUCAUUUGCCAUGCCGAAUUCCUCAACCUAUUCUUCCCUGAGAAGGCCACAUCACUAGCAUAUGCUGUUCUCAAUGAACUUCUUAAGGAAGUGAAGAUUAGGCCAUUACCUAUUGUAUUUGCAGCUUUUUCUAGUGGAUCAAAAGCUUGCAUGUACAAGGUUCUUCAGAUGAUCGAGGGGAAGUGUGAUGCACAAGUCAAUCUGGAUGAAUAUCAACUGGUCAAAGCCUGCUUUUCUGGACAUAUAUAUGAUUCUAGUCCUGUAGAUUUUACCAGUGAACUGGCCGCUCAAUUUGCCCUUCAUCCCACUGUCCACAAAAUUCCCCAACCACCAAGGAUAGUCUCAUGGUUUGCAAGAGCCGUUGCUUCUGGUCUUGAUGCUCUCUUCCUAAACAGGUUUGAAGCACAGCGUGCUGAGUAUUGGCAGACUCUGUACUCUUCAGCUAAUAUGGGUCCAUUUCUAAUUUUGUGUUCAGAGGACGAUGAUAUUGCUCCCUGUCAAAAUAUCUGCAAUUUUGCUUGUCAUCUGCAAGAUCUCGGCAGUGAUGUUAAACUGGUGAAAUGGAAUGGUUCGCCACAUGUAGGUCACUACAAGCAUUACCCAGUCGAUUACAAGGCUGCUGUAACUGAAUUGCUCGAAAAGGCAGCAUUAAUUCAUUUCCAGAGGGCGCAACAAAUCAAUGGAGAAAUAAUAAGUGUGGGAGCCGGGUGCAAUGAAAUUUCAAAAUCCGUCUACAAUCUACGUAAAGCAGCUGUUAGCUCAAACGAGAGUCUACGUAGAGUGGCAGUCGGGCCAAGUGACCACUUUUUCUUGCCUAGCUCGGUGGAGUAUCAUGAAAGUAAGGGCGUCGGCUCAGUGCAAGACGAGCAGAAGGAAAGAUUAAUACAAUUGCAGGAUCCCCCAAGCAUCAAUGCCCAUAGUGUUCUCGGAAAGAUCCUCUUUGAUGUGUGUGUGCCCAAGAACAUUGAAGAUUGGGACAUCAAGACGGUUGGUUCUUUGAGUAGGCCAUCAUUCAGCUCUUCACGCAGGCAUUCACCCUUCAAUCCUAUGAAAUGCAUACGUCGCUCGAGACUGUGAUAUCUUGACCGAAAAUAAAUGUUCAGUGGAAUAGUGCCGGAGCUCGCGGGCUGUAAAUAUACUCAACCGAUGGUGUUUUGAUGCAAGACUCCAUGCCUCAAGUGCUUUGAGCGCAUCAACAACUGCAUGCCCCAUGGAUGCUUGAAACCACAGGUAAGAGGUAUUUUGCUGUUUGUAGGCAAUGAUAUUACUGUAUCUUGUGGACUUCUCUGGCAUGAAAUGUACAGGAGGUUAUGGAGCCUGAAUAUCGAUAUAACAGUUUGUUAUAGGAAUUGUAUUAGUGU